UCAGGUCUGAUGAUUGAGCUGAUGAUGUUUACUUUAGAGCGAGGCCGGGCGAGCGAGGUGAUGGUACGGCCGCGUCAGUAGAGGGGUAACCUGACGAAGAAGAGAAAUGCCCAAAAUACCUACUACUUCUGCCGGGGUUCAGUAGUCUCUCCGUGUACCAGGGAGAACCGUAGACAGCCAGAGAAAGGGAGAGCUCUUUGUAAGCUCCCUUUCUCUCUUAUUCUCUUCGGCGUCAUCCCCUUCUGCAGGAAUGUUAUGGGAAGUUAAGGAUACGGGAUUGAAGAGUCCUUUAUCGAGAUCCUAAUUUUUGCCACUACGACCACCAUUACUACCAUCAACGACUUCGUCUCCUCCACCUCUACUACUACGACUACUACUACGACUACUACUACGACUACUACCUCCGUCACCAGAGUCCCGGUGUUGCUCCUCUGAUGUGUUCUCCCUCCCGACGAAGGUGAGAGCGAGGGACCGGCCGUCUGCCCUCACCACUACGGCCCGAGCCAUGGCCAGGAUGAGGGCCAUAACUUGCCCUUCUCACUACUGGCCCUCCUCCUCCUCUUACAGGAUAUCACCUCUAUUCCUCGCAGCGUCUAGGAAUUCUUCAGUAUGUCCCUCUGUAAAGGCCCGACUGAAGGAACCACCCCCACGACCUCCACGGCCCCCACGACCUCCACGACCUCCAGCCACUACAUGUACGACUUCACCUGAUACCACCCGUCGUUUUUUGGCCUCUUCCUCCACCUCCUGCUGCUACACCUACAGGAAACAGGCGGUGUUCGUGGCCUUCACCUUGUUGCUACUGCAGGUGCCACAAGAGACUGACUCCUACCUCAAGAACUACGACAGGAAGAAUGAAGACCAUACCAUCACUAUAGGCAUCAUCCACCCCAAGACACUAUUCCGCAGAGAGUAUCAGAAAGCCAUUAACGAUGCUGUGGGCUCGAUGAAACUUAACCUCAAGUUUAUGCAAGAAUCAUUCAUAGCCAACAGCACUACCAGCAUGGACAUUAACCCUUCUCCUACCUCCAUCCUCAACUGCCUGUGUGAGAAGUUCCUCCCGGAUAAUGUCUCAGCAAUUAUCUUCCUCACCCGGACUGAGACAUACGGACGUUCCACAGCAUCCGCCCAGUACUUCCUUCAGUUGGCCGGUUACCUGGGUAUUCCGGUUAUCGCCUGGAAUGCUGAUAACUCCGGUCUGGAACAGGCUGCCCAGAGUGGAUUAAGGAUUCAGCUCGCCCCCGCCGUCGUCCACCAAGCGGCCGCCAUGUUAUCUAUCUUAGUGAGAUAUCAGUGGCACUCCUUAUCUAUCGUGACGUCAGAGAUCGCUGGCCACACCGACUUCGUCCAGGCUGUGAGGGACCAGGUGGCGCAACACAAGGAGGAUCAUCGUGGCAAGUUCGUCAUUAUCGAUACUAUAAUAAUUGGUGACCCUCGAACGUCCCUCCUGCGUCUCAAGAACUCAGAGGCCCGAAUUAUCCUCCUCUACUCUACCCGGGAUGAAGCUGCUGUCAUUAUGAAGGAAGCUACGUCCCUUGACCUCGUGGAUAAAAAUUACAUCUGGAUAGUUACCCAAUCCGUCAUCGGGGAUAGAACCGAGGGAUUGGUUGUCUCUAAUGAAUUACCUGUCGGGAUGUUAGGCGUUCACUUCGAUACCUCCCUCGAGAGCUUGACCUCCAGCAUCCCGACGGCGGUGGAGGUCUUUGCCUACGCUAUCGAGGAGUUCGUCAAUCAGACCCGCUUCACCCCUAGCGAUCUCAACCCUCAGCUCUCCUGCAGCGACCACAGGAACUCUAAGUGGGCUCUGGGCACUACUUUCUACAGACACCUACGAGACGUGAACAUCCCCCGGCAGUCGUCCACCUUAUCCUUCAACACAGAUGGCACCAGGAAGGAUGUUGAGCUGAAGAUUGUCAACCUAAGAGAAGGAACCUCUAAUAAUAUGAUCUGGGAAGAGAUCGGUGUGUGGCGGUCGUGGGAGGAUGAAGGACUGUCCGUGAACGACAUUGUGUGGCCUGGCAACGGACACGUACCUCCCCAGGGCGUGCCGGAGAAAUUCCACCUUAAGAUCGUGUACCUGGAGGAACCACCUUACAUUAACUUGGCCCCAGCUGACCCCGUGACGAAGCAGUGCUCAGCCAAUAGGGGAGUUAUAUGUAAAAUUCCCCCAAACAAGACGCCAGACGUGGUAGCGGGAACGUCUCUACAGCUUCCACGACUAUGUGCUGCUCUGGCUUCUGUAUCGACCUACUGGAAAAAUUUGCAAGUGACUUAGGCUUCUCGUACGAACUGACUCGUGUUGAAGAUGGCAAGUGGGGUACUGUUGAUCAAGACCACCGAUGGAACGGGGUUGAUUGAGCUACUGAAACGGGAAGGAG